CGGCGUGGCCCCGCCUCUUCCGGUUGAGCUCAGUUCCGCUCGCCAUGGCUCGGUUGGUACCGGCUGUAGCGCUGCUCCUGGCUCUGUGCGGAUCGGUUCGGUCCAUUUCCUUCCAGCUGCCGCCCAACAGCCGCAAAUGUCUUCGGGAGGAAAUUCACAAGGACGUGCUGGUGACCGGGGAGUACGAUGUGUCCGAACCGCACGGCCAGGGCCAGGUCCGCCUGAAGAUCACGGACUCUGCUCAGCACAUCCUCUACUCCAAGGAAGAAGCAUCCAAGGGGAAAUUUGCCUUCACAACGGAGGAGUAUGACAUGUUCGAAGUCUGCUUUGAGAGCAAACACCCUGCAGGCUCUGGACGUGUCCCGGAUCAGAUGAUUGUUCUCAAUAUGAAGCAUGGCGUGGAGGCCAAGAACUAUGAGGAGAUUGCAAAGGUGGAGAAGCUGAAACCACUCGAGGUGGAGCUGCGCCGUCUGGAGGAUCUUUCUGAAUCCAUUGUUAAUGACUUUGCCUACAUGAAGAAGAGGGAAGAGGAGAUGAGGGACACAAAUGAGUCCACCAAUGUGCGAGUUCUCUAUUUCAGUAUCUUCUCUAUGUGUUGUUUGAUGGGAUUGGCAACGUGGCAAGUUUUCUACCUGCGUCGCUUUUUUAAAGCAAAGAAACUCAUUGAGUAAGGGGGGACAAGGCAGUCCUUUAUAUCCCUCCCACCCCCUGUUUGUCCUCCUCGGGAGCUAAUCUGCCAGCAAAUCAUUGCCGGACUGUGUGGUCGAUCUUCCAGCAGCUACAGCCACAGGAAAUGUUUGUCUGUCGAAGUUUAUCUGGUGACCUCUCCUUCCUGCCACCCUGUACCACCUGCUACAGCACCAACAGACUGUACGCCCAGCCCCCGUCUUCAGUGCACUGCCGUUUGCAGGCUUUGCGCUUUUUCAGCUGUAUAUUUGGGAUUUGUGUUUUUCACAUUAAAAGAGGACUUGUGGGUGAAA